AUGGGAUUUUUCCUGUCAGCACCAAUUGUAUUUUUGGCAAAUACAGUAUAUUUGCCGUUUAUUAUUUCUGUAGCUAUUGGAGUUCCAUCUGCUAUUUUAUAUUCAUUUGAAGUUGUAAUAAUAAUUACAAAAUGGAAGGAUUUUAAUUCGAGCUUUUUUCAGUUACUUAUUGCAAGAGCAAUUUUGAAUAUCUUCAACUUUAUUAUCUCCUUCGGACAACGUUUUGGAAAGGUUGGGUUAUUCACAAAUAUAUACCUCCAAUUACCUUCGUGGGUGUUAGCAACAAUUUUCUUCUUUGGUCUUUAUUGUAUACAUGGUGAAAAUAUAGCUACAACUUUACAAUUAUUUAAUAGACUUUCUUCUAUUUUAUGGCCAUUUACUUAUGAAAAAUUAUGGAAGCGUUUUCUACCACUUAGCGUUCUGCUUAUUUUUAGUACUCCAUUAAUCUUAGUAGUACAAAUGUUUUCUCAAGAUUUUUAUGCCCGCUUACAGGCUGACAACCAAACUAUAACUAUAGAUGUAAAAACACCGGAUAUCAAGCCUGCGGAAUUUUUAGCUUAUUCCUGUGUUAUUUUCAUGUCUAUCUGUUUAAUUAUCAAUAUAGCAACAUUAUUUGUCUACAAAACUAAAGUACAACCUCAAACAAAUAAAAUAACCUCUAACGGAUUGCAACAAACUAUCGAAAAGAGACUGACACUUUACGCUUUUUGGACGUUUGUUGGUCAGCUACUCAUUUCUAUUUCGACGGUAAAUAACUUUUUCGAAAUGUACAUUCAAUGA